AUGGGUUCCUCCGAUGAUGAUCCCGUCGUUGCCUCCUACGAUGUCUUCCUCACCGACUCCGAGAUCUCUCGCUUUGUCUUCCAAUACCUCGACCGAGAUGAGGAGUUUCCCUACAACGAUAGAAAUAACCAACGCCCUACUCAGCUCCGAAUGAAGGCGCGCACAGGCAUUGUUGAGGUCGACGUGCCUAUCAACACCCGCGGAAACUACGAUGUCAACAAGGGACUGCGCUAUGGGGAAGCCAUGAAAAAGAGCCGCUCAUCUCGUGACGGAGGCGCUUAUGGAAUGUCUGGUGGCUUUACUGCUGGAGGUGCCGCUGCCAAUUCGGGAGGCAGAGUCAAGAUGGAGGGUAACGGGGACGUGGAGAUCCUAGAUAAUAAGCGGGCAGUUGAUUCGGCCUCAUUGAUGCGAACACAAUCACUUGGAGGCCGGGUGAAGCCCGCCGAAGAAGGUGAUCCAGUUUACAUGCUGGCUACAUUCAAAAAUAAAAAUUUGCACCUUUCGCCGGUCUCGUCGGUUGUUCAAUUCCACCCACAACUCCACCAUCUAGAUGCUUUAGAUGAGAUGCCCAAAGCAAAGGGCCGGAAAAGAGACGACGAUGAUCGACCCGCUGAGAGCGAGGCACGCGCAAUCGAUAUCAAGGUCAAGGGAGCCGAAGACGGAGAAACGAACAUGGUCGGCGGGAAUCUGGAUCUUUUGAAGAAAAUGCAGGAAGAAAAGUGGAAGUCAUAUGGAUGGAUUGAUGCUGAGACCGAAGAUGCGUGGUACACUUAUGAAAGCUUCAUGAUGCACCAGGAGCCCGAGACACUCCCAUCUAUGGAGACGAAUAUAAACUCGGAAGAUUACCUCGAUAAAAUGAGUGCCCCAAGGAUCGAUCCAGCACGACCUGACCUCACCGGCUGGGCUAUGAAAGAAAAUCGCCGGAGACAACGAGAUGGGGCCUCUCAAAAUGAGAACGAGCAGUGA